UGAGGACAAAACAGUAGGAAACUUCGAGCCGGACAAAUAAAAUUGGAGCAUAAAUAAAAAUACAAAAUGGAUGUUGAUGCUGCACAAAAGAAAUGGGAGCUGGAGAAUAACGUACAGACAUUGCCCAGCUGCGAUGAAAUCUUUCGUUAUGAUGCCGAGCAGCAGCGCCAAAUAAUUGACGCCAAGCCCUGGGAAAAGGAUCCGCAUUUCUUUAAAGAUAUUAAAAUCUCGGCUCUGGCACUGCUCAAGAUGGUCAUGCACGCUCGCUCUGGUGGAACGUUGGAGGUGAUGGGUCUAAUGCUGGGCAAAGUGGAGGACAACACAAUGAUUGUCAUGGAUGCUUUUGCACUGCCCGUAGAGGGAACAGAGACGAGAGUUAAUGCCCAGGCCCAAGCCUAUGAGUAUAUGACCGCCUACAUGGAGGCGGCCAAAGAAGUGGGACGGUUAGAGCACGCUGUUGGUUGGUAUCACAGUCAUCCAGGAUACGGCUGCUGGCUGUCGGGCAUUGAUGUAUCCACCCAGAUGCUCAAUCAGACCUACCAGGAGCCCUUCGUCGCCAUUGUUGUUGAUCCGGUGCGCACCGUGUCUGCUGGAAAAGUAUGCCUUGGUGCAUUCCGCACAUAUCCUAAAGGCUACAAGCCGCCCAACGAAGAACCGUCGGAGUAUCAGACGAUCCCGCUCAACAAGAUCGAGGACUUUGGUGUUCACUGCAAGCAAUACUAUCCGUUGGAGAUAAGUUAUUUCAAGUCGGACUUGGAUCGCAAACUGCUCGACUCGUUGUGGAACAAGUACUGGGUGAAUACACUGGGCAGCUCAGGUCUCCUAACCAAUACGGAAUACACCACCGGCCAGAUCAUGGACCUGUCCGAGAAGCUGGAGCAAAGUGAAAACUUCUUAGGUCGCACCGACAUCAAUGAGAAGAGAUCCGAGGACAAGUUGUCCAAGGCAACGCGCGACUGCAGCCGCUCCACUAUCGAGCUCAUCCACGGCCUGAUGGCCCAACUUGUCAAGGACAAGCUCUUCAACAAGGUGGGCUUGGGCAAAUAGGCAGCACCGAAGAACAAUCUAAAGAACACUUUGUAUUCAUAAAUAUAUAUAUAAAUAACCAAUUAGGUUGCAUUUUCCAUGAUAAAUGCAAUCUUAUUUGCCACAUCAAUCAUGAA